UCAAAGCAAUAAAGGGAAUUAAAGUUCUAUUUAAAUGAACGUCUACUAUAUCUAGAUUCUAGUGGGUUUUUUUUUUAUUAUUAUUUUACUGAAAGGGAUUUAUUGAUUGCAAAAUGUCGAGCUUCUGGACCAAAAUAACGGGAUCGGUCCGAUAACUCUUCGAGUUCCAAGAGCAUCAGAUUGUGAGACCUAGCGACAAGAGAUGUUAGGUUGUCUCUGCUUGCCUUUGGGAUAGUCGCGUAGGUGGACUAAUAAUAUGGCAUCUCUGUUAAAAAAUCAAAUUCUAAAACAUCUCUCUAAAUUCACAAAAAAUUUAUCAGCAGAUAAAAUCAAUCUGAGCACACUGAGAGGGGAAGGGGAUCUCUCUAAUUUAGAACUCAAUGAGGAUAUACUAACACAGUUGCUAGAACUACCAACAUGGCUUAGGAUUACUAAAGCAGUUUGCAGUCGUGUUUCUGUUAAGAUUCAGUGGACCAAGCUCAAAUCUCAACCUAUAUGUUUAUAUUUAGAUGAAGUCAUUCUAGAAGCAGAGACCUGCGAACAGCCCAGACCACCAAAUACUCAAAGUCAGCAAUCGCAAGGAGGCAAGUAUGGGUUUGUGGAUCGUGUCAUGGAUGGAAUAUAUAUCCAUGUUAACUCUGUGGUGGUCAAGCUUCAUUCCCAUAUGUUUCAUGCUUCACUACAGCUCUCAAGGGUUAAAGUUCAAUCUAUGUCACCUACAUGGCAAACACCAAGCGACCUCAGAUCAACACGUAUCAGAGAUCCAGGGAGGGGAGAGAUUCUUCUCUUCAAGGAGAUUGAGUGGCAGACAACACGCAUUGAAGCCACAGCAAAGUGUACUGAUGAAGAUUUCCUAACUCCUUUGAGGUUGAUAGCCAACCAGGCCAAAAUUCGCAUAGUUGUUAAAAAACGCUUAAUAGAUUCCACCAUCAUAUCAUCGCGACUCAUUCUCCUGCUAGACGACUUGUUGUGGGUAUUGACCAUCACCCAGCUAAAGGCUGCAAUCCUAUAUGCCAACUCUUUAAAAGAAGUCAUUGAGAGAUCAGCACAGCAGAGCAAAAAACUGGCGGCUGAAAAAUUAAAGAAACAAGGUCACAUGUCAGAUAACUUAAACCUACAGCACCAGCAGCAACGACAGACAGAGAGGCAGGAAUCAGCCACUGCCAAGCUCUUCUCCAGGUUUGAUGUUUUGAGCACGUCUUAUCACCUGAUCACCAGCCGCUUUGACCUUCACCUUUGUGAUGACAGUAGUCCAGUUCAAGAAGACAAAAGACAUUGGAAAAUCAGCGGGGGCUCAAUGCAGAUUACAUUCUUUAAAAUUUCCUUCGACUUCUAUCCAUUCCAUCCUGCUGAAUUGGGUGAUUUGGAAAACAUUAACCUCAUUAUGACCCGGGGUGGUGAAAGAAAGCAAUGGUACCGCUAUACAGAUAAUGUGGGGUCACGGAAUCAUUGGGUCAACAAACUGUUUUCUGAGUUCAGGGAGAAUGCUGUGAAACUGCGGAAAGUGGUGGAGUCAGCACAAAUGACCUCUUCUUCCUCAGCGCCAUCUUCCCUGGCUGCUCAGUCACAGCCUUCAUCAAACAGGAACCUCUCCCCUUCCCAUACACAGGCCUUAACCAAUAACCAAGGGUCAAGGUCAGCGCAGAGCUCUCCAUUACAUCAGCAGACACAUAAAAGUACCAGGUUGUUGGAAAGUUGUUUUGUUGUCAAGAUAGAAGACAUGACUGUGUACAUGGUAUCAAUGGCAGGCAAGAAAAGGUCAGGCACCAACAAACUUUUGUGUUCAGACAAGCGUCAGCUCCAUCUACCUCCAGAUAUGUCUGUCAUCCAUGUAGAGUUCACUGACUACUUUUUCCCAGAGGGGCUGGAAUAUCCAGUUCCACAUGCCAACAUGUAUGUCCUGGUCAACCCUGUACGUUUAACUCUGGACUUCCUCACCUUGUUGUGGUCAAAUGUUUUUCUACUGACACUGACCAAUUCACUUGAUUUGGACUCCAAUGAGCAGAAGCCAUCAGAGCAUGUGGACAUCAAGAUAGAGAUGCUGAUGCCUAGGGUCAUUGUUCCAGCGGAGGAGAAAGUUGAAGGUCAGCCUGACAGACCAGAGGCAGUCCAAAUUCAGAUCUCAAAGCUGGUAGUUAGCAAUCUUCGCACAGAAGAAAAGAUGAGCCGAGAGGACUUGAAGAAGCUACUAGAUGAGUACAAAGUGGCUCGACUCUUUUCUCAGACAGACUUCCCCAACGAGGACGGAGAAGAUACAUACCAGAGGCUUAUCCCUUCUAUGUUUUUGGAACAUGCUUUAGGCUUGGAUGAUCCAUACAUUGACAGAGCUGUUCACAUUUUGUUGAAUCAAGUGACUCAGAAGUCUCCAACUGAUUCUCACCUUCACCUUCCUCUCAGCCUCCCUUCACAUUGCCUCAGCUGUAACAGUCUGAAACAAAUGGCCGCCUCUGACAUCUGGUCAGCCGCAGCCGAUCAGGUCUGGCUGGAAUUCCUGGGUGUUCAGAACAACAAAAACCGUCCGGCUCCAUUUGUAGAAGCCAUGCCUGUGACUGUCUGGAUGUGUUCAGCCCCAUGUAGUGCUUCUCAUUCUCAAAAGUCAUCUACGACCAGGCCGAGUCAAGUCAGUGGUCAAAGCUCAGAGUUCACCACUAAAGUAAAUGCCGAUAUCAACUGUGUAACUUUUCAGAAUGGAGGCUUGGGUCACAUAAUGAAUAAAGAAACCAGCAACCAUAGAGACAUUGAAAUUAACAGCGGCAAGAGCUUUCAACACCAAAAACAUGAGCGCAGUUCUGAGAUAGGUUACGAUAACAGAGACAGUAGGUAUCAAGAUCAUGACGGGAACAGUGUUUCUCAUUCAGGCAGAGAGGAUGACAAAAGGCCGACUCGUCUUCCACUUUCAGGGGGAGCAAGCACCCCUCGGCUAAGUAAAAAAUUAUCCAGGACAGAUUCCUUACAUGAUAGCAACACUGUGAUAGACUCAAGCUCCAAAUCUAAUUUAGAUGACAUCCAGUCUGACUCUGGAGAUCGCAGCUCAAAUCAGCAGCCAUUUUCAGAACAGUAUUCAGAAAGUCAUUGUCAAGCUCAUCACAGGAGAGAUAAACAGUAUCACCGGGAAGACUCACGCUCCAGUUCCAGCCCUCCACUGGACCAAUCAGAAAGAAGCAGCAGAAGAAGAGCUGAAUCUAGAGAAAGGCGGUCAGCAGAUAGGCACAUGAGGCACAGCAGCAGCUCCAGCAUUGAAAGAAGUCACAGGGGUCAUGACAUUGAAGGAAGGUCGAGUGCAGAGGGUCAGAUUUCUGACUCCCACAGGGCCAAUAGCAGAGAUGUUAUGAGGAAAGAAGAAUUUUAUCACAAUGAAGAAAAAGUUAGAAGUGGGGAAAUGGAAACCUCCCAUUCAUAUCCGAAAAACCGUCACAGCAGCAACAGUAGCUCAGAGAGGGCAUCAGCUGGAUCCAGUAGGUCCAGAGAGAGAAGAAAUUUGUAUGAAAUUCAGACUGAUGAGGUAGACAAGAAGUUGCCUAAAGAUUUGAGGGAGGAUAGAGCUUCUCCAAGAGAUGAGUUCCACCAAAGAUCUCAUCGAGAUAUCUAUGGCAGGAGAGCAGCCAGAGAUGGAAGCAGGGAGUCUGAUAAGAGAUACCCUGCACUAGACAGCCAUGUUUUUGAACGGUCCACUGGUCGACCUAAUAAACGAGAGAUGGAUGGAAUGCCUCUGAGCAGGAAAGGAUUUUCAAGAGAUCGUGAUGGGGGUACAAGCGACGACAUGUCUGAUACACACACACGGAGGCACCGUUCACACAGCAGAGGUGGAGAUACAGAUAGUAUGACAUCAAGACUAGAAAGAAAUGAAGACGGGGACAGUUAUCGACCAAGGUGCACACCUGAUGAUCAAGAAUACAGGUCAAGGCUGGGUGAGCACCUUCACUCAAAGCAUUCUGAUGCAGACUGUGAUAACGACAGGUUCAGUCCGACAUCUCUUAGUUCCCUAGACACCAUCAGCAGGGAAAAUAGUCAGGGUGUUGUAAUCAGUGAAAACAGGGCCGGUGGGGGGGAGAGUCAUACAGUCACUAAUGCUGAGCCACCUGAGGACAAAGCCUGGGCAAGGAUCAACCAGAGGUCACCCCCCGAUGGCUGCAAGUCGCAGGAUGAUGUGUGCUCUGGUGACAGAUCUGGCAAAGGUCAAAUGACACCUAACAGGAAGACGUGCAUCUUGACUAAAGUGCAGGGCAAAGUAAGAGCACAACUCAACCACUUUCAAUAUCUGUUCUUGCUCAGGCUCUCAGAGUCAUUUACUGCAUUCCAGAAUGAUCUCUCAGCUGAUCUGGAGGCCUUGGAAGCCAAAGCAUUCAGGAAGAGAAAGCUUCCAAAAGUGCCUCCACAGCCCCCUUCUGUGACUGUCAUUCCCCUUAUGCUCGGUGAACUGGAGUUUGCAGUGGUCUGUCCUUAUCAGAUGCACCAAAGGACAUUCUCUGAUGAUUUCAGCCUGGUCUCCCCUUUCCUACUUGGGUUCUCCACAGGACAGGAUGCUGUGUUUGGUGAUGAUGGAGAUGGGACAUGUUUCCCUCAACUUGUGGACAGUAGUAAAGGCCAAAGAAGUAAAGAUGACUCUGCCCUCAAGCCCUUCCAGUCCUCCAUAAGUUUUAAGUCUAGUUCUAGCAGCCAGUUAGAAAAUGUAACCCACCUUGGGCCACCUUCCGAUCUGAACCAACGUAAUCGAGCCUUCACUUCUGGCAGCACUGCACAUGUUCCUCCCAGUAGCGUCAUAGUUCCUGUGGUUAUUGCUCCUACCUCUCUCAACUCCACAGAUAUAAUGUCCCAGUCUCUCAACUCUAUUGGCAAGGACUCUGGGAUAGGUAUAGACAGAAAGCCACAAAGACAGCAGCACUCUAAAGGUGGAAGCUCAGCUGGCUCCUCUCGUGGCGGCACCACAGACAUGAAGAAGGCCUUCACCUCCGCCUUCUCUAGCCUGACUGACAAGCUGAAGCACAAGAUGGAGAGCCUGGAUGAUAGCCACAGCAUUGGAGAUGAUGCCGAGACUUUGUCUAUCCGCACGGACACCUCAGAUGAUGACUUUGAACACAUGUCACUGGAUGAUGUAGAGGAGGUGCCAGCAUUUUAUCAUGACCCCCCACCACCUGAGAUGACCCCAGUAGGAGGAGAUAACUACAGUGACAUUGGUGAUAUCGGGGACUCUGUCAGCAUGUACGCUGAGAGCUCAACAACUAAAGGAAAAGAAAUGGUAUAUGUAGUUCUGUUUAAACUUGACCACACUGAAAUCAUCAUAGAAAACAAAAGCAAUGAGAAUUUGACCAAAGCCCAGGUGGCAAAACUUGGUUCUCUACAGUUGGGCAAUAUUUCCUAUGAAGACUUUCAGGCCAGGUUCUCAACUGGAAAAGGUUAUAUCCAGGAGGACAUUUCUGAAGCACCUGCACAUCGUUACCCCAUCAAAGUCAAAGUCUGUAAGCCCAAUCCAGAUCCAAACUUGUCCACCUGUGAUCCAGGUCGUAUGUUUAUCCAGGCUCAUGACCUGAGCCUGCAGUUCAAGAUGUCAGGGUUGAUUUGCUUGUCAGAUUUCUCUGAAGAUGAAAAGCUGCCAGAGGCUCUGCCAAUAUCUGUGGAAGUCAGGGAUUUGUUGUUGGUGCUGGAGGAAGACAGACCACCAGCCAAUGUGACUUCCCCAGGAUCACUUCCUGUCAACUUGCAUAUCAAGCAGUUGUCAAUAGAGCGUGGAAAAGAUGGCAUAUUUUAUAUAGCUGGUGUACCUAGCAGCUCUUCCUUCAUAUAUAACCCCUUGCCUGCUUCUCAAGCACCUCCUCCUCCAUCAGUACCCAAACCUGUGUUUACCAACGCUGUCACCUCCCCCAUCCUGAGCCCUGAUGGCACCAUGUCGCUACUGAUGGCCAGCCAGAAUGAAACAGUCCUGCUGCGGCGGCAGCUAGAGGAGGUGAGAAGAGCAAACCGUCUUUAUGAGCACCAAAUACUGCAGUGGAGGGACAUACAGGACAAAAUGUCUGGUGUUGGUGGGAGGUCAGCCAUGGGGAGAGGAGGCAUACCCAUUGGAAUGGGACGAAAGAGACCCAGCUUUACUGCUGACUCUCUCUCUAGCAGCCCUUCGUCCCAGUCUGAUCGUGUGAGGCUGUCCAGAGAUGAUGUGGACCCAACGAAGGAUGAAUUGGAGCGGGAAAAUCGUCAAUUGAUCGAACAAGUAGCCAGGCUGGAAGACGACUUAUUGACUGCUUCUAAAGAGAAGGAGUCUUUGCUGCAGACCCUGCAGCUUCUACAGGAUGAACUUUUAGCUUCUGAACGCAAACAAAGAUCAAAGUCCAAAGUUUAGCUGUAACAUCUGAACACAUCAUGUAUUGUACCUCAGCAUCAUGUAGUUCAUUGGACAUAUAUAAUAUCAAAACCUUCUUUCUUGACUAAUAAUUAAUGCUAUUCACAUGGAUCCAUCACUACACACCUAGAGCAAAAUUUCAAAUAUUGACUUGUAUUAUACAAGCACAUAUCAAAGCUGUAUCAUAAAUUUUGUGACUCCAUAACAGUUCUAAAUGGCAACCAUUAGUGUUGAAAAAAUCUGGUUUUAUGGUAUUUAAAGAAUAUAAUUUAUGUGUGUGUGUAUGUUACCAGUCUGAGUUCCCCUGUGUAAUUUCCUGACAUGAGAGGAGAACUUAGACUACUUGUGGGGAUUCCCUCCCAUAUCUGUGAUUUGUUUUUUUAUUGUUGCUUUAUAUACACAUUUCUUUCAAUCUUCUCAUAUGCUGGCCAAAAAAAAAAAUUGUGACUCUAUAUUUAUUUGUAAUCUUUUUUUUUUAUUAGCAUUUUACUGAUGACAGAAAUUGUAUUUACCUAUCUGCAUUGUUCUGUACCAUACUCAAUAUUGUAUCAUCAAUGAAUUCCACAAUUAUUUUAUUGUACAUAUUUUUUAAAUAAAAAUAAUUUAUCAGAGACAUAUUGACUCUAAUACAUGUGACUGUGUGACUUAUAUAACCAUGGGCUAUGUCCUUUUUUUUCAUUCAAGCAGGUGCUGUCAAUUUUUAAUAAAGCAUAAUAUAGUUUGUGAUCAUUUCAAUACUUAGCAAUAUCCUUAUUUGUACCUAUUAUAAGACAGUGCAGUAUGGUUUCAACAAUAUAGCAAUGUGCGCAGAAUAGCUACUUUGGUAAAUCCAAAGUUAAAAGGACAAAAAUAUUUAUAGAUUGUUUUUGCUAUAUAACAGACUGUGGAUCAGACAAGACUUGUAGUUCUUAUGUGUAACACAAAAUUGACACAAUUUUAUGCAUAUUAAAUAAAAACGCAUGAAUUGGGACUUAAUCCACCACUCUCAGCAGUGUGAUAAGGGGUUUGAAAGUUGUAUAAGCAUUAUUUAGUUCCUUUAUAAAAUUACACUUGUAGAAACUUAAUUGCAUUUAGUGAAAGCUAUACUUUAGACAUCCUCUGACAAAAUGUCUUUUGCAAAACUCUUUAAAUUUGAGCAGUCUAUAUAUUCAUUUUCUUGGCCAAAAAUUUUUAUGUCAAAUUACUUAAUUAUUUCUUUGUUGAAGAUUUGAAAUAUAUAUAUAUAUUAUAUAGAUUAUAGGGCAGAUGAUGUAAAAGUCAACUGUUUUUUGGCCAAUGGUUAACAAGGGUUUCAUGUGACCAGCACAAUGACCAACCGCCUUUACUUUCCUCAGGUACCUAAAAGAGUUGGAUGGACUGAGAGGUCUCCUAAAAAUCCCACAGUUCAAAAUCCUGUCUUUACCAAGAUUUGAACCUGGGCCCCUUGGUUCGGAAGCCAAACACUUUGUCGAGUAUGGCUUAUUUAAAAAAAAAAAAAGCUAAUUCCGCAUGCUUUAUUACUUAAUGAUAUAGACCUCAAGAAAAGCAGAAAAUUGUUCUAUUAGAAGCAUUGAUAACCAUCUUUGGCCUGAGUGACUUAGCCAGUCCAUACUGCAUUUUGUCUAUUUGAUUUCAUGUGCCAACUUCACAUACCUAUGUAAAUUCAUCUACAUUUCAAUAUUCUCUGGGUGAACAAAGAUUUGUGCCUGAUUACUGAGGCUUUUUUUUUUUUUAUUUUGUAUGUUAAUUAUGUCUUCUCUUGAUUCCUCCACUUAGCAAUAUGCUCAAAAUAUCCUUGUACUACUUGUACUGUUACAAGAAAUAUGUUUGAUUAAACAUAGAGCUGACAUCAGUCUUUAAAGAAAGAGGCUAUGCCUACUAAGUUAGAUCUGACUCCAGUACUUUUCAAAGUUCUACUUUACCACGACUCAUUAUGCCCCCUCACCACCUCUGUUUCCUUCAUCUUAUGAUAGUUCACUGAAUAGCUGAUCAAACUUAUUGGAUUGAAUGGUCUGUGCUCAACCUUUUUUUAUAAUUGAUAGCCUCAAGAAUAUUUUGUUAUGUUUGUAUUGUUUUAAUGAAGAAUUAGCUUUCAUUGGAACAGAUCUCCUUUCUCCCUAAACAAUUAAUACAAACUUUGCUCAAGUAACAGUUCAGAAUUACAAAGUGUGUACAUGAAUGAAGCUGUAAUCCAUUAGCAAUGAAUACAUCUAUUUAUUGUGUAUUGUACUAUCAAGUUUAGUAUUUUAUACUGGUACCAUGAAAUCAAGAAAUUUACAUAACAAGAUGUAAUGUUUCUUGAGUGCUUAAAAGUAACUAGCCCUCUCCCAGGAAAAGGCACUUUGAACCAGAAGGCAUAUAGUUAGCUAGACUAACAUGGAAAUGACUCAUAUAUGAAAAACACAGGUACAUUUUAAGGGAUUAUACCACUAUAUUAAUUUUAGUUCUUGUGUCUAGUAGGUUAUCAUUUAGUUAAGAUUGUCAAAUGGAUUCAUUGGAAAAAUGCAAAGUUUACAGAUUUAAUUUCUAAGAACAACUGAUUUCACAUAUAUUGUCAUAUAUAUUUUGAUCCAAUGGGACACACAGAUCUGUGCACCAAGAAAACAUGGUAUCACAUGAAUCAAACAUUUAUUGAGAAAAUAAAAUAUUUUCUUGUCA